AUGAAUGCCCUGAGGACAAGCCAGGCCCUCUCCUCCCCUCCUCCAUCCUCCACCACCUCCGAUCGCUGCCACCCCCUCCCGUUCCUCGCCCUCAGGCCCUCCGCCCCCCGCCGCAGCCACAUCCCCUCAUCCGCCCUCCACGACUUCGAUCCUGCAUCCGCCCGGUGGCUCCGCUUCUCCCAACUCCACCUUAUCACCUCCGCCGCCGGACUCCUCUACCUAUGGUCCUCUCCCGCCGCCAAAACCCCCCCAAAAUCCCACGUCGUCUGCAACCCCCUCACCGCCCAGUUCAAAACCCUCCCCCAUCUCGGCUACGUCCUCGUCGGCCGCCUCAUCACCGCCGCCGUCGCCUUCGUCCUCACCGAGCUCGCCGUCCUCUACUACCCCACCGACGGCGGCUCCAGCCUCAAUAGGCUCAAUUCAAGUCCAAUUUUCCAUCAAACCCCCCGGCCCCAUCCUUAUCUCCGAUUCCAUUUGAAAUCGACCAACAGAGAUCAAAGAAAAGAGAUUAGAGCAGAUUGGAGAUGGACAUGA